AUGGCCCAGGGCCAGGGUCGUGGUCAGCCCCGGCUCGGCGCGACUUGGUAUCCAGGGGGUCAGGAUGACUUCUACAUGCCAGAGGUCAUCUCCCCCUCCCCCCAAAGGGUAAUGCCCGAAGUGCCUGAGAACAUGCAAGACAACAUCGCACAGUUGGAACACCACGUUCGCGACCCCCGCCGCGCCCAGCCGCAGUCGCCCGCACAAUACGCUCCUCGCUCCCAGUACCCGGAGCACAGCUCCUCCGCCGUCCAGGCCCAGCCGCAGUCGCCCGCACAAUACGCUCCUCGCUCCCAGUUUCCGGAGCGCAGCUCCUCCGCCGCCCAGGCCCAACCGCAACAAGCCCAGGCUCACGACCACGGUGCCUACGCGCAGUCUGCGACCUACGACAGCAUGGAUCACCCCAAUUUCUCGCCCUUCCCCCGCGAAGCCAGUCUCGAGCGCGCCCGCAUGGCCGUCCUGUCUACCACCGACCCCGAAAUGCAGUUGGCCUGGGCGCAGGAUGCUCUCGCCUUUGUUGAGGUGGCCGCGCAGAACGAAGCCCGUCUGUCGUCGAUGCAGCCGCCGCGUCCUCACACGCCUCAGGUGGAGCGCCAGUUGCGCACGGAUGCGCUAAACAUUGUCAACUUCCUGGCGGGGCAGCAGCACCCCAAGGCCGAAUUCAUCAAGGGCAUGUGGCUGGAGUUUGGCAAGUUUGGCUACCGCGUCGACCGGAAGGAGGCGUUCCGCUGCUAUUCACGAGCGGCGGAGAAGGGAUAUGCGCGCGCAGAGUACCGCAUUGGAAUGCAGUUUGAGAGCUCAGGAGAACCAGAGAAGGCCAUUAGACACUAUGAGCGUGGUGUGGCGAGGGCAGAUUCGGCCUCGUACUAUCGCCUGGGCAUGAUGAUUCUUCUUGGCCAGCAUGGCCAGCGCCAGGACUUCCAGACCGGAUUGGAAUAUAUUAGGUUGGCCUCGCAAUCAUGCGACCAGAAUGCGCCGCAAGGUGCCUAUGUCUACGGCAUGCUUUUGGCUCGGGAGCUCCCUCAAGUCAGCGUGCCCGAAUCUUUCCUCACUCCCGACCUCAACAUCGCUCGUGUCAACAUCGAAAAGGCCGCCUACCAUGGAUUCGCCAAGGCCCAGGUCAAGAUGGGCGCCGCAUACGAGCUCUGCCAGCUGCAAUGUGAUUUCAACCCCGCGCUGUCUUUGCACUACAAUGCGCUCGCGGCCCGCCAGGGUGAGCCCGAGGCAGAGAUGGCCAUCAGUAAAUGGUUCCUUUGUGGCCAUGACGGUGUCUUUGAGAAGAAUGAUGAGUUAGCAUUCACUUAUGCCCAGCGUGCUGCACAAAGCGGCCUCCCCACCGCUGAAUUCGCGUUGGGCUACUUCUACGAGGUCGGCAUCUUUGUUCCCGUUGACAUCAGAGAAGCUCGGAGCUGGUAUGCCAAAGCAGCUGCCAGCGGCAACAAAGACGCGACAGGUCGCAUUGAUAGCAUCUCUCGAUCAAAGACAUUGUCCAGGAAGGAUCAUGAAAAGGUCGCUAUCUCCCGCAUCAAGUCGACCCGUUACGCUCACCAGCGCGACGCUUCCUUGGAAUCCACCCCGGAAAACAUUCAGAUGCCUGACCCUUCACGUAUGAGUCUCAACGACCAACCCCCGUCGGCCGCACCCUACCCCGAUCGCGGCUCUUCUCGUCCUCGUCCACCCGGCCAGCCCAGCUACCAAAUGCCCGAUCCCCGUCCAAGCUCUGCCUUUGGCGUGAACCCGAAUCUCCGCCAGAAUGGGCCUCCCGGUCCAGGCUACGGUGGCCCGCCCGGCCCACCUGGUGGUCGAGCCCCAUCCUACGGCGCCGGUGGCCCUGGCCCCAUGAACUACCGCCAGCCUGGCUCGGGCACCCCUGUCAGUGCCCCAGCAGGACCAACCAGCCCCCAGGCCGCGAACAUGAUCAGCCCCAGUGGCACGCCCCGACUGGACAUCGGGUACUCCGCACCCGUUCCACCACCAGGUGCAGACCGCCGCCGCCCUACACGUCUCGACGCCGCACCGCCGGACCGCAAACCCGUGCGGACUCCUGUCGCUGCCCAUGGCCCCGGCACUCUGCCUUCCCCUCGUCCCGCAGCGUCUCCGAGGCCCACGGGCUCCCCCCAGUCCGCAACCUUCCCUCAGCGCAUGGAUUCACGCCAGCCCUCCUGGGGCUCGCCUUCUUCUACACCCCAUCCGCCAGCGGGCCCACAAGCCGCGCCAGCGCAGAAGCCUGCCGCGCAGCCCUCCAAGCCUGGCCAACUGCCCGGCAAGGGCCCCAAGACUUUCGAAGAAAUGGGAGUCCCCAGUGCCAAGAACGACAGCGAUUGCAUUAUAAUGUGA